GGCAUGUAGCGGGGCCCGGGCCCGGGGUCCGGCGGCGAUGGCCGGUCCGGACGGCGGGAACCUGCGGACCGCGCCGCUGUGGCGGGACGCCGCCCUGCGCGCCAGGAAGCUGCGGACCAACCUGCUCCAGCUCACCCUCGGCCCCGCCGGGGACCGCCCGGGGGACCGGCUCGGGGACCGCCCGGGGGACCGGCCCGGGGACCGACCCGGGGACCGUCCCGGGGACCGACCCGGGAACCGUCCGGGGGACCGUCCCGGUGACCGACCCGGGAACCAUCCCAGGGACCGGCCAGGGGACCGACCCGGGGACCGUCCUGGUGACCGACCCGGCGACCGUCCGGGGGACCGUCCUGGCGACCGACCCGGAGACCGUCCUGGUGACCGACCCGGGAACCAUCCCAGGGACCGUCCAGGGGACCGAGCCGGGGACCGUCCGGGGGACCAUCCGCGUCCCGGAGACGGCCCCGGGGUCCGGGGACAUCCCCCCGCCUCGCCCCGGCUCCCUCCGCCCGCCGCCCUCGGGGCCGUCGAGGUGCUGAACCUGGGCCACAACGGUCUGGAGUGGCUGCCCGAGGGUCUGGGGCCGGCCCUGGGCGGCCUGCGCGUCCUCAACCUGCGCAGGAACCGCCUCCCCCGCCUGCCCCCGGCGCUGGCCGAGCUCGGGGGCCACCUCACCGAGCUGGACCUCAGUCACAACCGGCUGAGCGGGCUGGGCGACGAGGCGGUCGGGGCCCUGGGCCAGCUGCGCAAGCUCUGCCUCGGCCACAACCAGCUGGCCGCCCUGCCCGCCCGGCUGGGCGCCCUGGUCCACCUGGAGGAGCUGGACCUCAGCUUCAACCGGCUGGCCGGCCUGCCGGACUCCCUGGCCUGCCUGCGGCGGCUGCGCACCCUGGACGUGGACCACAACCAGCUGACCGCCUUCCCCCGGCCGCUGCUGGCGCUGGCCGCCCUGGAGGAGCUGGACGUGUCCGGGAACCGGCUCGGCCGGCUGCCGGAGGAGAUCGGGGCCCUGCGCGCCCUGAAGAUCCUCUGGCUGAGCGGGGCCGAGCUGGCCGAACUCCCCGGCGGCUUCUGCGAGCUGGCCGGCCUGGAGAGCCUCAUGCUGGACAACAACAGGCUGCGGGCGCUGCCGCCCCGCUUCAGCCUUCUGCACCGCCUCAAGACCCUCGACCUCUCCUCCAACCUCCUGGAGGAGUUCCCGGGGGCCCUGCUGCCCCUGGCCGGGCUGGAGGAGCUGUACCUGAGCCGCAACCGGCUCUCGGCCGUGCCCGCCCUGAUCGCCGGCCUGGGCCGCCUGCUGGCCCUGUGGCUGGACCACAACCGCCUGCGCUACCUGCCCGACGCCAUCGUGGAGCUGGCCGGCCUGGAGGAGCUGGUGCUGCAGGGCAACCAGAUCGCCGUGCUGCCCGAGGACUUCGGCCAGCUGACCCGCGUGGGCCUGUGGAAGAUCCGCGACAACCCCCUCAUCCAGCCGCCCUACGAGGUCUGCAUGAAGGGCAUCCCCUACAUCGCCGCCUACCAGAAGGAGCUGGCCCACUCGCGGCCGGCCGUGCAGCCGCGCCUCAAGCUGCUGCUCGUGGGCCGCAAGGCCGCCGGGAAGACCCUGCUGCGCCGCUGCCUCACCGAGGGCCCCGGGGAGCCCGACGGGGCGGGGCCCGGGCCCGACGGGCGCCCCCCGGCCCCUCCGCCGCCCCCGGCAGGCGGCGGGGGCAUCGAGGUGACCAGCUGGGCGGCGGACGCGGCCCGGGGCCUGCACUUCGUCGUCUACGACCUGGCCGGGGACGACAGCUACGAGGUCAUCCAGCCCUUCUUCCUCUCGCCGGGGGCCCUCUACCUGCUGGUGGUGGACCUGGCGGCCUACGAGCCGCGGGGCUUCCCCGCCGCCGUGGGCUCCUUCCUGCGGCGCGUGGGCGCCCGCGUGCCCCACGCCGUGGUCUGCAUCGUGGGCACCCACGCCGACCUGUGCAGCGAGCGGGAGCUGGAGGAGAAGUGCCUGGACAUCCACCGGCAGAUCGCCCUGCAGGAGAAGCGGGACGCGGAGGGCCUGCGCCGCCGGGCCCGCAGCCUGGACGAGGCCCUGGCCCGGGACUUCGAGCUGCGCUGCGCCAGCCCCCGCGUGGCCUACUACGGCGUCUCCGACAAGAACCUGCGGCGCCGCAGGGCCCACGUCCAGUUCCUGCUGAACCACCGGCUGCAGAUCCUGUCGCCGGUCCUGCCGGUCAGCUGCCGGGACCGCGGCCAGCUGCGCCGCCUGCGGGACAAGCUGCUGUCGGUGGCCGAGCACCGCGAGAUCUUCCCCAACCUGCACCGGGUGCUGCCCCGCUCCUGGCAGGUGCUGGAGGAGCUGCACUUCCUGCCGCCGCAGGGCCGGCGCCUGUGGCUCAGCUGGUGGGACUCGGCGCGGCUGGGCCUGCAGGCGGGGCUGACCGAGGACCGGCUGCAGAGCGCCCUGUCCUACCUGCACGAGAGCGGCAAGCUGCUCUUCUUCGAGGACAGCCCGGCCCUCAAGGAGCACGUCUUCCACAACCUCACCCGCCUCAUCGACAUCCUCAACGUCUUCUUCCGGCGCGACGCCGCCCUCCUGCUACGCAAGCUGCUCCCCGGAGAGGCCGGCGGCGGCGGUGGCGGCGACGGCGGCGGCGGCGGCGAGACCUGGGACGGGGGUGACGACGGGGUGGAGGACGGGAGGGAAGCGGGUCCCGCCCUGCCGCCUCUGCCUGCCGCCGCCUCUCCCACCUCCUCCUCCUCCUCCUCCUCUUCCCGGGACCCGCUGCGGGCCGCCCAGCUGCGCCACUACGUGGAGGGCUUCCUGCUGCACGGACUGCUGCCGGCCCACGUCAUCCGGCUGCUGCUCGAGCCCCACGUGCAGACGCCGCAGGACCUGCAGCUGCUUCUGGAGCUGCUGGAGAAGAUGGGGCUCUGCUACUGCCUCAACAAGCCCAAGGGCCAGCCCCCGCCGGGCGGCGGCGCCGGCGCCUCCCCCGCCGCCUGGUACAAGUUCCCCUGCUACGUGCAGAACCGGGCGCCUCCCGCCGAGGCCUGGGUGACGGGCGCCGGCCCCGCCGGCCAGGCCUUCGUGGCCGAGCAGCUGCAGAUCCGCUACAGCUUCCCCUUCGCCUCUCCGCCCGGCCUGUUCGCCCGCUACAGCGUCCAGAUCAACAGCCACGUGGGGCAGCGGGCCGACGGCAAGUUCCAGAUCUUCGCCUACCGGGGCAAGGUGCCCGUGGUGGUGAGCUACCGGCCGGCCCGGGGCGCCCUGCAGCCGGACACGCUGUCCAUCGCCAGCCACGCCUCACUGCCGAACAUCUGGACGGCCUGGCAGGCCAUCACCCCCCUGCUGGAGGAGCUGAACGGGCUGCUUCAGGAGUGGCCCGGCCUCUACUACACCGUGCACAUCCUCUGCUCUAAGUGCCUUAAGCGAGGCUCGCCCAAUCCGCACGCUUUCCCAGGGGAGUUGCUGAGUCAGCCGAGGCCGGAGGGCGUGACCGAGAUCAUCUGCCCCAAGAACGGCAGCGAGCGCGUCAACGUAGCCCUGGUCUACCCGCCGACGCCGACCGCCAUCAGCCCCUGUUCCAAGAAGAACGUUGGCGAAAAGCACAGAAACCAGUGAGCCUUUGGUUGCUGCUGUGAAGUUCUGCCGAGAAGAGGGGAUGCCAGAACUGGCUUGGAGGAGCAGGGGCACCAGGCGGGCACUAGGAAUGGUUGAGGAGGAGGUGCCAUUAAGUGCACUGCAGGCACCAGAUGGGCUCUGUGGCCCUGCCCUGGCACCGGGAAUAGCUAAUGAGGGGGCACCAUCAUGGGCACAGGGUGGACUUUGGUCCUGCCUUGGCAAAAGGAAUGGUGAAUGAGAGCACCAUCGUGGGCCCUGGGUGGGUUCUGUAGUCUCACCCUGGCAUUGAGAAUGGCUAAUGAGGGGGCACCAGAUGGGCCUUGUAACCCUACCCUGGCACCAGGAAUGGUUACAGAGAGGUGUCAUCUCGGGCAUCAAGGGCACCAGGUGGUCUCUGUGGCCCCACUCUAGCACUGGGUGUGGUUGAUGAGGGGACACCAUCAUGGGCAUCGUGGGCACCAAGUGGGCUCUGUGGCCUCACCCUAGCACUGGGUGUGGUUAAUGAGGGGGCACCAUCGCAGGAAUCAGGUGGGCUCCGUGACCCCCAUCCUACCCCUGGGCAUGGUUAAUAAGGGAGUGCCAUGGAGCACUCAGACAAGAGAAAGAGGCCCUGGCUUGUGAAGAUUGCAGGGGAGCUGGGGAAGAGGGGGCGCAGCAAACACGGAGCCAACAGUGUCCACCCCUAGCCUCGGCCCCCGGCCCAGCCCGUUCCACUCCACCCUGGGUGGAAGAGCUGCUGGAGAAACAGGAAGGGCACGCGGCUUCUCAGGGAUCGUGUUUGCUGGGCAGCACCACUAAAGCCAUAGUUCAAGGUAGGCACCGGGCCGGCGCACCCGGAUCAGAUCGCAGUUUUCCGUUCACUGCGUGUGAGGAGAGAGGGCGGCCCUGACGCUCGUCGCUGUUCAGUAAUGACUGUAAAAUAUGUAUAUGUUUAUCUUUAUUUUUAUAAUAUGCAAAUACAUUUAAAUUUAUACAGGUUCAAGCUUUUAGCGUUAGUUAACACUGGGUGCAAUAUUCUGCAUGAGAACCGUGCCAAGAUGGGGCUGGUUUCUUGUCUCCUUCAUUUUUUUUUUAUCAUUGAGGUUUUUCUUGUUUCUGGUGUCUUUUUGUUCGGUUGACCAUCAUGGCCGGCACUCCUCACGGCUGGCCCUCCUCUCGGCCGGCCCUCGCUGCCCUCUUGUGUUUCCACUCCUGGGUCAGGAUCCACAAGUGCAGCCCCGGAGCAGAGAAGCAGAGAGUCGGAGCCUCUCGGACCGCUGUCUUCUGCCCACCUCUCACCCACCCACCCCCGCCGAGCCGGAACGGACCCCAGAGGAAAUGGCCCCUCGCCUGGGGCCGAGACCCACCGUGGCCUGACGAAACAGCCGCUGCGGAGCCCGGAACUGAGACUGCCGCCCACCUGCCAAGGUGCUUCCAGGGCAACGCUCUUGCCCCCCGGGGCUGCCGGAGCCAGGCUUGGAGAAGGUGGGGAGAGGACUGAGGCCCAGAGAAGAGAUCCUGACCACGAAGCUGUUCUCACUAGCAACGGGCUGGGGCCCGGCCAAGCGAUGUCUCCCGAUCUGUUUGUGGCGAGGGGUGCCGGCCUUCCUGCGCCCGAACCCACUGAACGUUGUGCGAGCCGGGGUCUCAAGGUGUUUGUCAGCUGGGAGCGAUUUGCUACAGGACGAAGUACGGUCCUUGAACGCUAGCAGGGUCUCUCCUGCUCUGUUCCCUGUGGGCCGGUCAGCAGACGAACGUCUUGGUCUUCGUAAUUGUGGAGGGCAGUUUUGUGCCACUCCAAAACCCCCAGGGCCUUGGGCAGCUCCUCCAGCCCCGCCUUUGGAGCUUCCAGAGAAGCUGGGAAGGGGAGCUCAGUGAAGAGACAUACUGAUUUCCAUCCCGGCAGCACAAUGUUUCGGGGAGCAAAAAAGACAUUUCCCCCCACCACCCCCUGCUUCACCGGAGCGGAGAUGGGAGCGUUGCAAAGCCCCGCGUCGCCGCCUGGUGGCAGGAUGAGGAGCGGCACGUGGCGGCCGCCAUUCAGUCUGCCUCAGUUUCUCCAAAGCACGUCUCCCGGAAUGCUGCAGUCUCCACAGACUCUAGAUGUCUGUCCCUCCUGGAGGCCUCCCCCUGCUAUUUCAGACCAUCCCAAGCAGCUUUUCUAGAACGUCGUCCUCCCCCGGGGGGUGGGGCAGGGCUCAGCCCGUAACCACCAGUGACCACGUUGAGCUCGUGCACCACACGUAUUUUAUCGGAGGAAUCAUCUGCUUUCCCCCCAGUUGCAGGCUUUGUCCCGAUGUGUGAUGGCUCCGGUUUGGGAUUUGAAUUAACUAGAAGACCACUGGAUCUUGGUAAUCCUCGUCCCCCACCCGUGUUUGUGGCUGUGGGAUCAGAUGAAUGUUAAGCAUGGUUGGGUUGCCGGGCUGUACCCGUGGGGGAUUCGUGGUUCAAGGAGAAGGUCGUCGGGCUCCAGCAGAGAUGGGAAAGCAUCCAGAAAGCUCGGCUAACUGUGGGGGUGCCAUCGCCCAAGCAGGAACUCCAUCGCCACCUCAGCCUGUGGGAGCCAUCGAGCCUCCGUCGCCUGUUUGGGGGUGGGGGGUCGCAGUGUCACUCCUCUAAGCAGAAGAGGGACCAGUCCAACCAAGCAAUCCCCCUGCCUCACAGAACAGCUGUCCUCCAUGCGAUCCAUGCGACCUUUGGCAUCCACACCACUUCCUGGAAUCAUCAAAGUGCCGUCAGAAUGAGUGUGAUUGUGUUGUGUGUGCGUGUGUGUGUGUAUGUCUGCCUCAUCCCUCUGCAAUCCACAGAGGUGGGGCCUGGCUCCUGUAGGAUGGACCCUUAUGUGUUGUAUUUGUUCUUGGGUGGCUGGGGGAGAUGGCGGAUUCCCUCCCACCUGCGGUUUGUGAAGUGCAGUUGUGGUUGCCCAUUCACUCUGCAUAACCAGGCCAAGAGGAAGCCAGUUGUCACCAAAACAAUCGAAAUAAAAGCAGAAGGAUGGAUCCUCA